AUGGAUCCCUGCACCUUUGAGUUUCUUCCGGGUUCUCCUCUCUCCGCCGCCUUCUUAGCCUGCGGCAACCAGCGGACGCCGGAGUUUGACGACGCCUAUCUCCGGGCCAUCGAUGCUCAUGAUCCGCUUCCACCUCUCCACUUCGCUCCCGCACCCGUCCACCACGCCGCAGAACUCCAUGAUUCCAUCGAACUCCCGGCGAUGCGCGAGCUGUUCACCGCCGCCCUCCUCGACGCCCACGUUAUCGAGCUCCAGCCCGCCGUCGAGAUGUUCAUGGCACCCAGGCACCCAGUCCAAAGAAAACGCGCUGCUCCUGCCUCGGGCGUCGCCGCCUCACAGAACUCCGCCAAGCGCCCGCGGACUUGCGCGUUGCUGCCCGACUACAACGCCCACAUGGACGCCAACCUCCGGGAGAUGGAGAAGAAUGUCAAGCAGCGGCCCUCGCCAGACUACCUGACGACGGUGCAGGGAGAUCAGAUGAGCAGGUCCAUUCGCCAAGACCUCGUGUACUGGAUUGACGACUUCAGCCAUUACUUCGACCUCGCCCCCGGCACGCUUCACCGCGCCGUCUCCUACGUGGACCGCUUCCUCUCAUUGCGAACCCUGUCGACGGCUGACAUGCACUAUGAGCUCCGUCUACUCCGCGCCACGGCGCUCUACACCGCCGCCAAAUACGAGGAGCGGUGCACAAAAUUCAAUCUGGACGCCGUGGGCAUCGCCGAACUCUGCAGGUUCGACACGGCCAAGGAUGUGACCGACAUGGAGUCCAACAUGUUGGCUGUGCUGCAGUACGAGCUCGGCGGACCGACGGUCUACACCUUUGUCGAACACUUCACCAGGCACAGCAAUGGAGAGCAAGACUUGGAGAUCCAGCGGUUGGCGCAUGACCUCGCCGAAUCAUCGGUCAUCGACUACGAAUUGCUGCAGCUCCUGCCGUCCGCAGUGGCGGCGUCUGCGGUCUUCCUUGCGAGGCUAAUCCUAAACCCCAAGGCCAUCCAGGUGCGGCAGUGGAACAAAGAUUUUGAGGAGCUGACGGGGUACAAGCCCACGGACCUCAUCCUUGGCAUUCAGUCCUUGCACAUCAGCAAUCCCGAUCCUCGCUUCGAGAUCUGGCCAGUUUUCUUGCAAGAAGAAUAUGAAUUGUAUUGA